UCCCAUAGGUACCAUCGAGCAUUUCUUUGAUCGAAUCUCCAAGAGUUCGACUUAGAAUCUCAACAAGCUCGUGCUAUCCAACCAACGGAUGUCGGGUUCCGCUGUGGCGCUCGCUGCGGGAAACCGUAGGUCAACGACGAAUCCUCUAUCGUGACCGCCGAGGCUUCGUUCCUCUGCUCCGUGGCCCUGUUAUAAUCACAUCUGCUGGCAUGGAGACCCCAACAGUUGCUUUGCUCAGCGUGCUGCACUCUCGAUGGCCACCAAGCGCCACCGCCGUCCCACCCACGGCGGCAGCAACGACAACCACGGACUGCACCUUAGUUUACUGCUCCCGCUGCUUAUCCUCACGCCGUGGUGCGCCCACGCCCAACCCUCACCGCCCUCAGACGACAUCAGCAACGACAACGACUACAAUUACGGGAAGUUAAAUCCGACGGUGACCGUCGUGGUCCUCGCCAGCUUCAGUACCUUCUUCUUCCUGGCCGUCUUCAUCAUCUACAUCCGCAGGCGCACCGCCGAAGACAACUUCGUCAGGUCCUUCCACCACCGCGGCCCCGCCGCCCGGUCUCUGCGGCAGCAGCAGCGGCGGCGGGUGAGCCCCCAGCUGAUCGAGACAUUCCCGACGCUGACGCACGCUAAAGUGAAGGGACUUGAGGCGGGCAAGGGCGCGCUGGAGUGCGCGGUGUGUCUCAGCGAGUUCGACGACGACGACGAGCUACGCCUCCUUCCUCGCUGCCGCCACUUGUUCCACACGGACUGCAUCGAUGUCUGGCUCGCUUCCCACGUCACCUGUCCCGUCUGCCGCGCCAACCUCGCUGAGCCAGCCACCGCCGACGGCGUUGAGCUGCCGCUUUUCGUCGCUGAGGUCGGUGACACGCAGCCCGAAACCGCCACCGCACCUGAUCAUGUCACGAUCGUCGUCGAUCGAACGGCGGCGGCUGAAGAGGAGAAGGACGAAGUGGCGCUUAUCGGGAGAUCGAGGCGGGAGGCCAGGCAGCAAUCCGGGAGCCGGCCAGCGAAGUUCUCGAGAUCGUACUCGACCGGUCACUCGGUGUUCCGGUCGCUGGAUGAUGUCGACCGGUACACCCUAAGGGUGCCGGACCAAGAACUAAAUGAAAUCUUCGCCGCCAGGAAACUCGACCGGUCGGCGAGCUGCGUCGCAUUCCCGACCUCCGGGGAAGAGAGCUCUCGGCGUGGGCCCGGCACCCGUCGUUCUUCUUCCGGACGCUCUCGGUGAAGGUCCGGGCGUGUGCGCUAGGAGAAGAGGGGAUAAAGAAAGCUCGAUGAGCAAAGGGAGGAGGGCGAGGGCUCAACGAGGAAAAGGUUGUCCGGCGGCAGGCCGUGUUCCUUCACCCUCUCCAUUGAGCCAGAAGUCCCUCAAUUGCGAUGUGGAACUUAAGUCCUAGAACAAGGGGAAUUUGGAUUUUUUUCACUUCAAGUUUCAACA